UCAAAUUGCGCCAAAACCUUUGCGAACGCAGACAUGAAGUAUCCGCGCUACCGAUUCUCGUUCCGUGACCACAGUCUGGUCGUCCAGACAAUUCCCGGGGACGGGAAUUGCAUAUUUGGAGCCGUCGUCCACCAGCUUCUGGGACUCCAUCCCGCUCGUGACGCCCUCCGGUUCGCUGCGGAGAGAAGCGCCCUGCGACGUAGAGUGGUAAGAUUUUUAGAGUCGAACAUGAUGGAAUUCUAUGAAUUCCUGGAGCUCGGUGCUUCGGAUUUGGGUCCCGCUGCGACCAUAGAAGAUUACCUGACGUACCUGUCAACAGAAGGCGUGUGGGGGGGUGAGGAGGUGCUGGCGGUCACAAGCCGUUUGUACCGCUGUGACAUUUUAAUGUGGAACAGUGUAACAGGUGCCACCCAGCGGUUCGAGAGCAUUCACGGCUCCACCGGAACGCUGCGGGUGCUUUAUACUGGGUCACACUAUGACAGUAUUGUCAGUGUGGACAGCGGUGCUCAGCGACGUUUACCAUCCGGCCUACUCGACUUCCGUCCGCUUCUCGCGGGUGUGGCCAGUAGCGAGCCACAGUCCUGCGCACCUCCUCAGAGAGAAGACGAAGACCAUACUCUCAGCAACCAGUCCGAGCCCAUCCUGACCUCCCUAGCGGCGGCACCCAACACAUUACCGCCUCCCGUUACACGUGCCAGCCUCCCUCCGCCCCAGUUGGGUGAGGUACCGUGCCCCAUUUCCACGGAUCCUCGAUCCCGCGUGUCUCCUCAGGAACAAGCAAUUGCAACGAAAACUCCAUGA